AGAGAGAGACACAGAGUUAAGGUUUGACGAACAGAAAGCUGGGUUUUUUUUCCCGCAUAACCUUAUGAAUUCAGAGUGCCCCUUGGCCUGGGAACAUGACACAAAGCAUUCAAGUCUGAGACUCCAGCAGCCGGACUUUACCAUCGAGCUGAGACCCAAUGAUUACCUGGACAUCAACUGUCCUCACUACCAGGAGCCAAUGGCUCGCUCGACCUCAGUCGAACGUUACACCCUGUACCUGGUCAACCGAGAGGACUACGACUCUUGCGAACCAAAGUCAAAGGAUCAAGUCCGUUGGGAAUGCAAGAAGCCACACGCCAUUCACGGCCCGGAGAGAUUUUCUGAAAAAUUCCAACGCUACACCCCCUUCAGUCUCGGCAAGGAGUUCAAACCUGGCCACUAUUAUUACUACGUCUCAAAACCUGUCCACCAUCACGGGGAGCAGUGCCUGAGGGUGAAGGUUUACGUCUGCUGCAAGAGAGACACAGAUGUGAGGCUGCGAUCCCAUGCCACCCAGCCCAGCUUACCCGCAGAUGAACCUGGCGUUGACCUGCCAUCGAUCCAGAGGAGUACGGGUAGUUCCGGGGCCCUGGUCGCAUCUCGGGGCCUCACCCUUCUGCUGACGCUCGGUAUCCUCUUGUUAUAGGACGUCAAAAUGGCCGCCGCGCUCGUCUUGAGACUGUCAAAAUGGCCGCCUUGCCUCGAGUUGACCCGAAGUGGGUCGCGACCCUUGGACCCAGACAGCUGCCUCUCGCUCCAGGGUUCCGGCUGCUCACCCCGGUCCUGUCGCCUCUGCGUCUCGGGUCAUCAGAGACCCGGACGCCAACUCUUCGCUUGCACUGGGUGACGACCAUCGCCUCAGGGUGGCCGACAGCCACAUCAAAAUGGCCGACGGCCGUCGCCUCCGGGUGGCUAAUCUCCCCGUCACUUCAAGACGGCCAGCCCUACUGUAGCAUUAAAAUGGCCGACAGCUGCAUCAUAAUGCUUGCUUCCUCCUGGAUGAGCCAAAAUGCCUUUCCCAACCCACAGGCGAGAAACUGGAAGGCCUUAAGAUGUCCACAAAUUAUAUUUUUCUUGGGGGGGGGGGGGGGAUGAAGUUUAUGAGCUGGACCGAGUCUCCUCGCCAGGACGGACCACAACUCCAGCGAUUGACGCGCCGGGUCGCUGGCGACUAGGGGCGUAGAGCGGCUCGAGCCUUUCCCGCUAGGCCUUGCCUUGGGCCUUUGACCCCGAACGGGGCCCGCUGAUGAACGAGGGGACUCUUGCGU